AUCAUAUCCCGCCGUUAUAUUCAACUACGAACAUGUCCAGCACUGUAAUGUCAGGUAACCACAAGGAUCAACCAAUGUCUGCUUUAGAGGAAACAGGACGAGUCUUUGCGAUCAGUUUGCCUCUGUCUCUGGAUCGGAUAGUGCACGUGUUAUCUAGCAGAAAAUGAAUGGGACAUGGAGAGAGCCUUGAACUCUUUCUUUGAAGCUCAUAUGGAUUCAGUCUUUGAUGUUGAAGACGCAGAAGAAACUAAAUAUGUGCCUGGGAAUAAGAGAAAGGGGGUGAAUUCUUCUGACACUGCUGAUACUUCUGGAACAAAGAAGAAAUUUAAGACGGAUAAGGUGGAUUGCAUUGACUUGACAGCAGAGGAACCCACUUGCUCCAGCAGUGUGAAUUUGAAGAAAAGUCCAUCUGAAAGUGAUGUAACCAAAUCUGAUGCUGAGGACAGCAAGCUCUCCAUCAUCAGCUGGAAUGUGGAUGGUUUGGACACAUUAAGUCUUAGAGAGCAUGCCCGGGAUUAUCUGUGCCAUCAGCUAACAUAG